AUGACUACCCUCACACCUGAAGUCACCUGGGCUCAACGCUCCUCCGAUACCGAUGAAACUCGCAACUACCUCUACCUCUUCAUCAACGUCCCCGAUGUCCCCGCUAAAUCGGCGGACAUCAAGCUCACAGAGAACAAUGUUUCUUUUACCGGCACAAACCUGAAAGGCGCCAAGUAUGCCGUGUCGUUGGGUCUCUAUGCCGAAAUCGAUGUCGACAACAGUAAAGUACACCACAGCCCACGUGGCGUCGAGAUGGUUCUCCGAAAGAAGAAGCUUGGAUUGGAGUACUGGCCCCGGUUGUUGAAGGAACCUAAGAAAAUGCAUUUCAUCAAGACCGAUUUCGACAAGUGGGUCGAUGAAGAUGAGCAAGACGAAGCUCAAGAAGAUGACUACGCAGCCAACUUUGGCGGUUUCGGCGACGAUGGCGGUCUCGGUGGUAUUGACUUCUCCAAGCUCGGUGGCGGAGCUGGCCUUGAUAUGGCCGGUGCAGGAGGCGCCGGCGACGAAGAGGAAGAAGAUGAUGACGACAUGCCCGAGCUCGAGGGCGAAGAAAAGGGUGACAAGAAGAUUCAGGAAAUCUCAUAA